AUGUCGUCCCCAGCCGCACAUCCCGUAUUCAAACUCGGCGAAAUUUGUGUCUGCUUCCAAAAAGAAACUCCCUACCUCGCAAAAGUGAUCGGUGUCGAAGUGAAAGACGGUGUUCAGCAGUAUACGAUUCACUACGAGGGAUGGAAUAACCGCUUCAACGAGGUCGUGCCAGGUGAUUCGGGUCGAGUGAUCAAAGGAACUCUCGAGGAGUACCAGAUAGCUAACAACUUGCCGAUCAAGCCGAGUUCGAAGUAUCAGGGAAGAAAAUCUAGAAAGGUUGAAAGUAGAGCAUCGAGUAGUCUCGGUGGAUCGGAUAUUCAAGAAGAAGAGGAAGUUUUCACGACUCGCAGAAUGAGACUGAUGGAGCCAAGACGCGUAGUUCGAGAUGACGUCGCCGACAAGAAAGUGGAGAUCGAGUUCUCGGAACCGCUUCGACAGAUUCUGCUGAAUGAUUGUCGAAUGAUGUCGACGAGGAAAACGGUUUUGCGGCUUCCAGAUGACGGAUCGGUGGAGGAUAUCAUUGCCAGGUACGUGGACUCAAUGGAAGAUAAUUUGAAGCCUUCGACGCUGUACCUCAUGCCGACCGACAACGUUGAAGACAUCAACCAGGUCAUCGGAGUCUACACAGCUAAUGCCAUCGUUAACUACUUCAACCUUCUUUUGGGAUCCCACCUGCUCUACCCGUCGGAACGUGCCGAUUACCGGAAGCGUGUGGAGAGGAUUGGAUUCCGCGCCUCAGAGCACUACGGCAUCGUUCACUUGCUCAGAAUGCUCAGCAGAUUCAAUGAAUACUAUAGUUACAGACCAAAAGCGCCGGGAUUGGCUAAGUACGUCGAAACCGGAAUCAAAAUGCUCAUGGAUUACCUGACCGCUCACCACCAGGAAUACUAUUUGGGAGACGACAGCUAUGAGCUCCCACCUGAUGUUCCAAGCACAAGCCGAGUCCGUUGA